AUCAUCUCCAGCAGAGAAACGGAAGAACCGACAAGUCACACACACAGUCACACAUACACACCCUCCCUAACCAAUCCAAUCUGACGGUCUGCAAAGUCCCGCCCUCUCCCAAAUGGGCCUCGGGCAGUGGUGUAUAAAUACACUAUUACUGAUUUACCCCGACACUACCUUACACCGACCCUCAACUCUCUCUCUGGACUAUAAUGCUGACAGCGUCCGCUCUACUGCUGCUUCUGCUCAGCCCAGGCAUCAAUGCCAAGCCCAACGGACACUGGGAGCUCCAGGGAUCCUCCCGUUGUGUGCCCAUCCCAACCAACAUGGCCCUGUGCCAGGGUCUGGGCUACAACAGCAUGCGGAUGCCCAACCUGCUGGGACACGAAUCUCCAGCUGAAGCGGUGCAGCAGAGCACCAGCUGGCUGCCGCUCCUGUCCCGAGAGUGCCACCCGCACGCCCGCAUCUUCCUGUGCUCGCUCUUCGCCCCCGUGUGCCUUGAGAGGAUCAUUUCACCAUGUAGGAGUUUGUGUGUGUCGGUACGGGACAGCUGCGCCCCCAUCAUGAACUGCUACGGUUACCCCUGGCCCAGAAUACUGCAAUGUGACCAGUUUCCCAAAGAUCACCUAAUGUGCAUUUCCUCAGUUGCGCAUAUGCAAAACGGCACCAGCAAUGAAGGCCGAGUGGUGCCGCGCGCGAGCUGCACAGACUGCGAGUUAGAGGAGGCCACGUCAUCCAAAGAACUGCUCGAUCUCUUCUGUAAAAGUGACUUUGUGGUUAAAGUGCGUCUGUCCAAACUGAACUCCAGUAGUUCUGUCCUGACCAUGUUCUCGCUGGGCUCUCGGCUGGAGGUCCUGAAGCAUGGGCCGCUGCUGGGAGGGGAAAUGAGGAGUCGUCUGACACUGUGGCUGGAGCGAGACGCCACCUGCGUGGGCAACCUGACCCGCAACCAUCCCGACGGGGGAACCUUCCUGUUGACGGGCACUGUGACGGGCAAGAGACUGCUAGUCACUAAAGCCUUCAGCUGGGGGAAACGCCCACGGCACCUCAACCAAGCGGCGCGCAAGUGGAAAAGCCAUCGGUGUAGAGGGUAGAGUUUCAGACGGCGGGACAAAGAGGGUGUUCAAAAAGGUAUCUCAGUGUGUUCAUAAUGUUGUAAAUAAUAGAAGAUCCUUGAACUAUAUUUUUAGAGAUAUUAAACCAUUUAAAAUGUGUUCAUGUGUCCAUUUUCUGUCACAAAUCUCAGCGCUACUUUUACAUCCAUAAUUGAUGAGUUGAACCCAAAAACGUCAAGAUUUUAAAACACGAAAAGCUGAAACUCACCAAACAGCAGUGGUUUCAAGCUGAGGGUGCGCAUGUUAUGGGUCCGGUCAGGAACGAGAGACACUCU